CAGAUCGUUUUGCACUAGCUAAACGAGUGAGAUAAAAAGCUCAUCGCGAAGAUUCUUCAGCGCUUGGAGUGAGUGUAGAAGUUUUUUGAAAGUGCAUACAAUGUUCAUCUUGAUGGACAGGUCGUAAAGACGAACAGAAAUUAUAUGGCCACGGUCGCCACUCACGGCGUGCGCUAAGGAGGCGCUCUCCUUCGGCAAACAAGACGGCGUUGCAAAGCUUCGUCGAAAAUGCCCGUCAAUAACAGUCAAGAGGAGCAGCUUCGGCGGCUGCACGCUGAGAUCGAGCAGACGACCCGGAAACUAGAGCUGGCGAAGCGGCGAAGCUUAAAACUGAAAGAGGAUUUAUCCAAAGCCAAGCGCGAGUAUGAGGCGAGCUACCUCAGCCGCCGUCCGCCGGACCAAAAAGCGUUGUAUGCGGCAAAGCAACUGCAGGAGAACAAACAGGCAAAAGCGCUGCUCAGGUUUUUUUUUUCUGUGCCCGCGAAGAAGAUGUUGAUAGAUAGAUAGAUGAUCUUUAUUGAAGAUGUCGCUGAGUACCAUGAUCGUGCGAGCCAUCUGCAUAAUUUCUUCGUGUUGAGUAUGUCCAACAACAGCCCACAACAGACUCGACGCGUUGAACCACGAGAACAAUUCGCUUCGCCUGACAAUCGAGGGCGUUCGCCGCGAUCGGCUGCAGUGCAACGCGGUGAUGAAGAAGGUGAAAGACGCGCUGCGCGAAAAGGAGCGGAAUAUUCAAGCGAUCGACCAAGCGGCGCGCGAUGCGCGAGGCAUGCUGCAAGAGAUCGUGCAGAGCCAGUCGAAAGCCAAAACCGACCGGGAAAAACAGCAGCGCGACUGGAAACUGAAGUUGAGAAAAGUGCAGGAGGAUCUUCGUCUGGAGCGCGCGCGGGAUCUGGGCUCCUUGGCGCGGGGCGGCAGUGGCGCUGGCGGAGGUGAGGAGAACCAGAACAGAGGCGGAGGAACAAAUAAUCCAGCGCCCCCACCUUCAAGGAGCGCAAACCCCCGUCCUCCGGUGCUCCCGUCAAGUCGCGGGGCCGCGGGAGAUCAACAUGGCACUUCCAACCAUCACUCUUUGCAUCCGCAGCAAGCGCGGGAGCUGAAUGAAAAUCGGUUACCGGCGCUAGAAAGCAAUAACGAGCAAAGCUCGGGCAGUUCGUCGCGGCCGAACGCGGCGACAAGUUCAAAACCGAAGACUAAACAGCUGACCAUCAGCACGGCGCCUCCCGAGGAAAUGCGCGUGGCCGCAUCUGGGUCCACAAGCAGCCCCUCGUCACCGAGGAAGCACCCGCUCGGGGGGUACGUCAAUUGCACGCCAAAAAAUCUACCGAAAACCCCCGCCUCCGUGGCAAACAAGGACGGAGCAGGUGCAUCAACGUCGCCAACAAGCGCCGGAGGUGGACAGCUGCACACUGCGCAGAAGAAUCGCGGGGAGCUGCUCUCGCGUGCCACGAAGCCGACGACCCCGCGGCCGCCCUCAAGUGACAAGGUGAAGACUAACGUGGAACACGCGAAAAACGCGAUGCGAAGACAGAUGGCGGGCGGGGCAAAGACCCCUUCUAAAACGAAAGAGGGCGAAGAGGGGAACAAGGGUUCAGAUAUUAACCACGCAAGCGGCGGACAAAGUCCUAGUGAAAAAGCGAAAAAUGGCAAAGCCACACCGAAACCAAAAAGGGCAUCUUCUGCGGGCGGUCGAGGGGGAAGACGACUCGUAACACCCGCAACAAACAAGGAGCCCGAGCCAAAUCUUGAAGCAAACCAGUUUUCAGAGCAUCGUUUCAUGCGAUUUAUCUUCAAAGCGGCUUUCUGCAACGCGAUUCAGCGGAGGCACAUCAAGCAGCACCAAAAAAGCAUUCAGGUAGGGAGUUGAUAUAGAGGUAGUUCUUUCAAUAUGCUUUUAAUGCCAGGUCUGUAGACCACGGAGAACCAGUUUUGCUUUUUCUUCGUGUUCAAAGAAGCAUUGAAGCAACGAAAGAACCACGCGUGAACAUGAAAAAUGCAAUGCAGAUCUACGAGCAGGCGUUUUCCACGAUUCGCAGCAGCACCGGCAUCAGUGACAUCGAGGAGAUUGUGAAGAUCUUCACGAAAUUGGAAGAGCGGAAUUACAGUCUGCUGGUCUACGUGAAUCUCCUGUCCCGUGACAUUGAGUCCCUGUCACGGAAACGAGCCGAGUUGCUGCAAACCCGGCGGACCGAAAUCGAGAAACGCCGCGAAGACGGCAAACUCCGGCGGCAGAUGGUGCAGCAGGUGCAGCAGAAAAUCGACCGGUUCCGCCGAAUGACGGAAGAGAACAACGCGCAAAUGAAGGCGGCUCACAUCCCCACCGAGGUCGAGACGCUGAUCAAAAACGUAGCGGCAAUCUUGCGGGACGAGCACCGGAACCUCCUGCUCCACAACCGCAGCCUCGCCGGAAACCCCCUCAGCCCGGGGGUCGGCGAUCACUUGCACAGUUUGAGUCUGGGUGCGGGUGGUCCUCUGUCGAGCGGAUUUGCGAGUAGUGGUCCCAGCAGUGCUGGGAUGAACAACGUCACCGGGGCCCUCGGAGGUUUCGGCACCCAACUGAUCGGCGUGCCCGCGGCGUAUCAGACAAAUGACCAGGGAUCCACAGCGGGGGUGAUGCUGAACCAGAGUUACUUGGAGCAGGUCGCGCUGGAUGAAGAAGACGUUUCCCUGGUCGACCACCUUACGUGGAUCGAACGGUGCCUCACGCAGUGGCGCGAAUUCCUCCCCGCAACCGUGUCGGAGUCGAUUUCUUACCGAAACAUGAUGCCGAAGCCGUUCCCCUACACGGUUGCGCACGAGGUGAAAGCGGCCCUCAGUCCGAAGAAACAGCUCCCGACGUUGUUGAAGGCGGCAGACUUGCCGCAUUCGGGCGCCGCAGUGCUGGCGCCACCGGGCGGAGUUGUUACGUCGGCGGCUGGAGGUAUUUUUGUACCGUGGAAAUCAUCUAUGUAUGAUGCGGUCUGGACGAGGUUUUUUAUCCGAAAACAUAAUUAGAUAAAGCAUGGAACAACAAUAAGCUCUUCCCGACCCGUUGUGCUGCGCGAUUGCGAGUACGUUUCUGUUAAUGUUUCAAUUUUUGUUCUUCGUGCUAUCUUCAAUUCACAAGUGUUGAAAAAAAAAUCGUCAGAUCGCGACAAGGCACGCGGCAAAGAGGACGAUGAUUCGGACGAGGAUGACGAUCACGCACUGACCCGGGAGGAGCUCCAGAGCAAGGUGAAUUCGCUGCUGGCAAAGCGAAAGAAGAAAUUCGCGAACGUACGACUGACCACGCAAAGACGAGGUGAGUUCAUUUUCAGCUUUUGGAAUGUGCGCAGAGGCAGACGGAAUCUAGAAUUAAAAUUCUAUGUAUAGUUUUUAUUGACCUCAUGUGAGGUGCUGUUGCGUGCAGAGCCCCAUUUUCAUGUUGCCACUCGCUUUUUGCUCUUUUCCAACCCAGGUUCGCAAGGCGAGGAUGUCCUCGCCAAGAUUACUGCGGGCGCUGGCGAACUCAAGCCAGAUUCCGAUGACAGUUCGUCGCUCUCCGACAGCGAGAGCAGUAGCAGCGGCUUCUCGAGCUCCAAUGAUUCAGCGAACCCCACGGACGAGCAAAUCAACGAAAUCUUUUUGAAACGGUAAAUGAGGCAGGAUCUGCUUCUUGGAAUGAAUAUCUAGUCCAGACUCAUUCUGCUCCACGACCUUUCGUCAUAUCAAUCUCAAACAAGCUAGCAUAAUGGACGAUAAAAGGGUACUAAAAUUAGAACUCUGACUCACGCACGUGCUAUUUCUGGUUUUCCUUACACGACUUUUGCUUCUAAGAAGCGAAAAAAUCUGCUAUCAAUCAGGUACAAGAUGUCCAAAGCGGAGCUGGUCGCGAUGGCGGAGAAGAUGGGAAUUGCGCUGAGCAACUUGUGCUACCUGAAGCAGGAAUUUGACAUGUACGACGAGGACAGCAGCGGGUUCAUCGAUUUGGACGAACUCCGGGAGUUGCUGCAAAAGCUCGGGGAAGACCUCAGCGAGGAGGAGCUACACCAAGCGUUCAAGGAGCUGGAUCAAGACUGCAGCGGGGAGAUCGAAUUCUUCGAGUUCGUGGAAUGGUUCACGACGGAGGAGUAGAAAUGUAUGGCGGGCUGGGCAUGAUACGCGUAAUUUGUAUACCAGAUAAUUAGUGAAAAAAAGUUGAAGUUUUUGCAGCAAAUUUGCACAGAAAAAAAUCCAAUGAUAACGCAAAGUGAAGAGAGUUUAGAAUAGAGGACCGAUCGACGACGGUGACAAGAGUGCUUUCCAUUUCAGUCAAAGAUGCGAAGAUAGUAGAGGUACUACAACGUUUUAGGUUUCUGUAAUCGCGAGCUGCUAGUGGCCGCCGUGACAGUUGUUUUCCAGAAAUGUUGAAAUAAAUGCGAAAUAUCUAGAAGAAGACAAAAAUCGUCUGUCGUGAAAAACGACUCUCUUGAGCUUCUCCCUCCCCGGUUUCAUUGUAAUGAACGUUUCAUCCCCUUGUGGUCAUCUCUGCCGUGAGAACUGUACGAUGUUGCUAGAAACAAGAACGGGAU